AGGUUUAACAUCACUGGGAAAUCCCCGACCAACACUGCACGCUAACAAGGGCCUAACGUCACCUGCUCUAAAUCCGAAUAAAACAACCCAACCGACAUCGGAACAUACUGAAUUGGUGGUGAUUUCGAACAAACAAUGAGGAUUUUUAUAACAACAUUGACCAUCUUUCUACAUACACUUGUAUCACAAUGCCAGUUUCCAAAUACAGGAGCUCCAGAACCAACUGUUGAUCCAGUUGACGUGGCCAUCGUAGAAACAAACGACAACCUGGCAUCUGAUCGAAUGACUAUUAGUAUGCCGUACAAUCUUAAUAUGGGAAUAGAACUGAUGCAAAGUGAAAAACCUGUUAGUCUAUCAUUAAAAUUGGUAAACAAUAAGAACGAACUUCGUGACGUAUAUGUCACCCGCAUAAAUGAGAGUGGUAGAAAGGUUUUACAGAAAGAAAACAUUCCUAUACAUAAGAAUGUGGCCUUUUACCAAGACACUAAAACGGGAGCCGCGUGUAAGGUAACCUGCGAGGGAUUAUCACAAGGGCACUGCGACCCUCUAUUGACUGGCAGCUUUAAUGUGGAGGGAGUUGAAUAUGCAAUACAGAUGAUACCAGGGGAGACGAAUGACAGGGUCAGACGGAGUUUGAGGUCACGUGGUAUACGUCACAAAGGCCGCCUAUACAAAGUAUUCAAGACUAAAAGACACAUGGCAUCGAUGUCAGAUUACAUGGAUACAGGUAGUAAUUCUAACAAGAUACAAAAGAAGAGAAAAAGAAACAGAUCGAGAAAUAAAGGUGGCGCUAUGCGACAAUCGCAGUCUGUGAUAGACUUGACAAGCAACAGUUCAACGGAUACUAUGGCGAUGAGGUCGUCAGGACGAGUUAUCCACAGUAACCGCCAUUCACCCAAUACACGUGCUCUCUACCACCUCGGCUUACUGUUAGUGAUUGACUAUAAUAUAUAUCGCAGAUUUUUUGACGCAACAUCAACACACAGCUCCCAUUUAGAAAGAGACGAACAAACUAAAGCCAAUAUACGAGAACAUAUGGCCAACAUAGUAAACGGGGUUGACUUACGAUUUAAUAAUUUCGAGACAUUUGAAGUAAAGGUAGCUAUAACCGGCUAUAUCAUCAUCGAUAAAGAGGAGGAUUCCCGAUGGACCCAACAGAAGAUCGCUAAGCGUCCACGUGACAUUCUCAACGCCUCUAUUGCAUUGUCAGAACUUUUUGAAUGGAAGAAAGAUUUUAGACAGGAUCUCCCUCCACACGACCAUGUGAUGCUUUUCACACAGUAUGAUUUGUACGUGAAUUCUUUCUCUGAUACCAAGGUUGCAGGUUUUGCCCACAUCAAAGCUGUGUGUAAAGACAAAGGGAUUUCUGUGGUUGAAGACGAAGGAGGAUUCGAUAACAUUUUGACAGCGACGCACGAGCUGGCACACAGUCUGGGUGCCAGCCAUGACGGCGACCGUCGCUAUGACAACCACUGUGACCCUAAUGACGGGUUUAUUAUGACAGCUGUCGGCGGAGGGACGGCCGGAGAUGCAACAAAGGGACAAAACUCUUACAGAUUUUCAACAUGUUCAGAGGACCAGAUUAUCGAUUACUUUGAUACGCUAGGCCCAGGACACUGUUUAGAGAAAGAAGACUUCGUGUAUGAUAGCAGUGAGUUUGACAGCCAUGUGAGCACCAUGCUUGGCCAAAAGUAUAAUCCAAACGAACAAUGCGCUCUCAAUCUUGGGUACUCAUCGUACUAUGCCUGGGGAGGAAGAUUGGGAGAGCCACACGAUAUAUGUACGAGUAUGGCGUGUAAAAACAGACUCAGCAGUGAAAGUUUCAACAUAUUUAACGCCUACAGGGGCACUUCAUGUGGGGACAAAAGGUGGUGCAUUGAUGGAGUGUGUACAACUUCUCAAUAUGCUCCUGGAAGAAAUGAUGUAUGUGUACAUGGAGAUUCCCAGAGGAUGUUUGGGCCCAAACGAAAUUUAUCCUGUAACGAUUUUCUCACGGCCCAUCCAUACCGGUGUUAUGAUCCCUAUUACACCAUGUUCUGUUGCAGCACGUGCGCCCGUCUGAAGUCAGACAUUGAAGGAUGUGAGUACGGCGAUAAGAAUACGACAGAGUGUUCUUUAUUGGAGAUGCGAAAGGACUUGUGCUAUAUCGAGGCAAAUGCUGCACUGUGCUGCAGUACAUGCGCAAAACAUCACACAGGCGUAUCAGGAUGUGAGUAUGGAGACCGCUAUAGACUGUGCAACCCCAGCGACUGCAAUACGCCAGAGAAUGCUAAAUUUUGCUGCGAAACGUGUGGCGUAUUAGGUGUUCCAAGAGAACAGCCGAUAUUCCGACCGGUGAUGACGCAGCGACCAACGACAAGUCGGCCUGUCUUUACAACUCGACCACCUACAACACGACGACCUAAAGUGAACCUACUUAGAAACAAUGUUAACUUUCUACCGAAGACAAAUACAAAUCAGUCCCCCAAAUUUCCGUCCGUACCAGCUAAAAGUCCAUCAGGACAAAGGGAGACAAUCAUGGAGUGUGUGAAACAAAAUUCAACAUUUUUCCAAGCUUCGUGUACCUGGUUAGACACUUGGCUAAGAGGUAUUUGUAAAAAUAGUCUCUUCAGAUCGACUUGUUGUGAACCGUGUACCACGGCCGUGGAGACAGCUAACUCACCGCUUACCAAAUUACCAUCAAAAGACAAAUUUCCCCUCUCAAAGAGUAUUCCACCACUGCAGUCAGCGAAGAGUAAAGAAACAGUGUUGAAAGAAACCAAAUCAGCAUGUUUUGACAGUGGUCGCCACUGUGCCGACAUUGCCGCUCGUCAAUGCUACACCCUGGCUACCAGGAGCAGAUGUUGUGCUACAUGUGAAUCGCUCCGAUCAGACAUACCAGAUUGUCCAUUCGGUGACAAGAACAGUCGAUGUGCGCCUACUUUUAAAAUGGACCCCGAUUACACGUGUACCCAGAAACGGUCGCUAUGUUGUUAUAGUUGUCGAGGUGUCACGACUAUGCUUGGCAGGAAACCUCCUGUGUCUGGCGUCAAGUCAAGGAAACCAGCCCCAACGUCCACACCACGGCCAAAAGCAUCAACAAAAACACGGAACAGGAAUUUUAAACCCGUUAAAAGCCGGAGGCGGAGUCAAACAGGGGGACGAGGCCAUCGAAUAUAUGGGUCCGAAAGAACUGUAGGAAGAGACGCGGCUGCCAAACGAUUCUUAGAGCGAAGGGAACGGCAAAGAAGGCUUAGAGGAAGAAAUAAUUUUUUCUCGAACUUUCAAAGAAGAAAUCGUGGAUAAAAUUUUAGAAUGGACUUAAUUUCUUGUUCAUGCACUGAUCUGUUUUACGCACCUGGUGGUUUGGACGAUUGCAACCCGGUUAAAUGAAAAUAUGAAUUCUAACUAGAAAUCAACAUGCUUAAUUUUACAGUUAGGACAACAUCCUUCUUCCUUAUUUUCUUACGCGUUGUAGCAGUUUAUUUCAAGUCUUGGUAUUAAAACCAAGUGGUUGUGAACUAGAAGAACAUUAUAUACAUUGAAUUAUAUGACUUUGCAUGCCUUUAUUUCUCAAAAGGUUAUAAUUUUUUAAGCAAGGAUGGACGUUGAUAUACACCAAGUCAAAUAUCUGAUGUGAUAGUGUUAUUCGAUUUAUUCCUUUUGCAUCCAAUACAUAAAGGUGAUGGACCAUUCGGACAUUCUAAA